AUGGUGGAGUCCAAUGGGAAUACAGGCAAGUCGGGUGCUCAAUCGAUAUGGUUCGACCAGCGGGACGAUCUCCCAGAAAUCGGAAUCGACGGAAGACUCAAUGAGGUCGAAUUUGAGAAAGGUGUCGAGUCGAGGGGAAUCAAACAGGGGAGCUUUGCACAGUGGGCGAGUAGGAUCGGAAAAGGAGAGUGUGCGAAGUUGUUGAGAGGGGAUGCGCCAGAUAUUUAG